CGCCGUUCAGCCGAGGAAAAAGCUAGCUGUUAUAGCUUGUACUUCGGCAAUUAUUUAUCACAAUUUUAUUAAGUUUCAUUCUAAAUUUAAGCUCAAUUAUAUGAUAAAAUAUAAUAAACUAAACAAGCAAGCGCAACGCGUGACAAUCUUUGCUCAAUUUUAGUGAGAAUUUCGUAAAUAUGUGUUUAGUGAGGUGAAAAAUUUUUUGCUUAUUUUUUGCGACACUCGGGCGCCAGAAUGUCUGACGAGCUCGAAGCUAGGAUGUGGGACGACGGAGGCUCCAGGUACGAGUCCAGGAGCCGGGGAGCGUAUUUCGAGUCGGCCUUUGCCUCUUCAGAGCAUCUAGACAGGGCGCCUUUGUUGUCCGAGGAGACAUACACGGACGUGCCGGUGACGCCGGCGCCGGACACCGAGCACUGCCACUGGAAGCCGCACGCGGAGCCGCCCAGCGCGAUACCGCAGCUGCUCACCGCGCUCGUGCUAUGCGGUUUUUUCAUGGUAUGCGAGCUGAUAGGCGGGUACCUGGCGGGCAGCCUGUCCGUGAUGUCGGACGCGGCGCACAUGCUGAGCGACUGCGGCGGGUUCGCGCUGGCGCUGCUCGCGUUCCACUGCGCCAAGCGGAAGCCCGACGUGCACAUGUCCUACGGGUACAAGCGGGCUGAGGUGCUCGGCGCGAUGGUGUCCGUCCUUCUGAUCUGGAUUCUGACGGGUGUGUUUGUGUACGUGGCGGCGACGCGGCUGCACUCCGGCGAGUACAACAUAGAGCCGGACAUCAUGAUGAUCGUGUCGGGGUGUGGCGUCGGCUUCAACGUCAUACUGGCUGUGGUGCUGCACGGAUGCGCUUCCGAUAUCGCCCACCACCACUCGCACGGCGGCGCGGCGUGUGCGCACGCGCACGGGCCCAGCGAGCCGCGCCCCCGCUUCAAGCUGUUCCACCGCUCGCGCGAGCACAAGCACGCCAACGGACUCGUCAACGGAGACUACAGCAUGAAGGACCUCUCCAGCGCUGAGGCCAACGUCGUGGGGGCCAGGGCUCGUAACAUCAACCUGCGUGCGGCGUUGAUCCACGUGAUCGGCGACCUGAUACAGAGUUGCGGAGUGCUGCUCGCCUCCGUACUCAUCAAGUUCUAUCCGGAAGCGAAGGUGGUGGACCCGAUCUGCACGUUCCUGUUCAGCGUGCUGGUGCUGCUGACGUCGGCGCGCGUGGUGCGCGACGCGCUCAACAUGCUCAUGCAGGCCGUGCCCAAGGACUUCAGGUAUCGAGAAUGCGCGGCGGCGCUGUCGGGCGUGGCGGGCGUGCGCCACGUGCACUCGCUGCACGCCUGGGCGCUCUCCACGCACCACGUCGUGCUCACCGCGCACCUCGCCAUCGGUAACCACCACUACACACACACGCACACGCACACACACACGUACCGCGAGUGCGCGGCGGCGCUGUCGGGCGUGGCGGGCGUGCGCCACGUGCACUCGCUGCACGCCUGGGCGCUCUCCACGCACCACGUCGUGCUCACCGCGCACCUCGCCAUCGGUAACCACCACUACACACACACGCACACGCACACACACACGUACCGCGAGUGCGCGGCGGCGCUGUCGGGCGUGGCGGGCGUGCGCCACGUGCACUCGCUGCACGCCUGGGCGCUCUCCACGCACCACGUCGUGCUCACCGCGCACCUCGCCAUCGGUAACCACCACUACACACACACGCACACGCACACACACACGUACCGCGAGUGCGCGGCGGCGCUGUCGGGCGUGGCGGGCGUGCGCCACGUGCACUCGCUGCACGCCUGGGCGCUCUCCACGCACCACGUCGUGCUCACCGCGCACCUCGCCAUCGGUAACCACCACUACACACACACGCACACGCACACACACACGUACCGCGAGUGCGCGGCGGCGCUGUCGGGCGUGGCGGGCGUGCGCCACGUGCACUCGCUGCACGCCUGGGCGCUCUCCACGCACCACGUCGUGCUCACCGCGCACCUCGCCAUCGGUAACCACCACUACACACACACGCACACGCACACACACACGUACCGCGAGUGCGCGGCGGCGCUGUCGGGCGUGGCGGGCGUGCGCCACGUGCACUCGCUGCACGCCUGGGCGCUCUCCACGCACCACGUCGUGCUCACCGCGCACCUCGCCAUCGGUAACCACCACUACACACACACGCACACGCACACACACACGUACCGCGAGUGCGCGGCGGCGCUGUCGGGCGUGGCGGGCGUGCGCCACGUGCACUCGCUGCACGCCUGGGCGCUCUCCACGCACCACGUCGUGCUCACCGCGCACCUCGCCAUCGACGAGCUGACCGACCCGGAGACAGUGCUCCACGCGUGCCAGCAGCUAGCCCGCGUGGAGUUCGGCGCGCAUUCUGGAACGUUCCAAGUGGAGCGCUGGAACGCGCGCAUGGCGUCGUGCGAGCAGUGCCGCCUGCAGCCCGGCGCGCAGCCCUGACACCUCGCCACGCUGUCCAGUGUGCCCGCGCUGGCACCACUGGCAUUGCAUUAGUUCCAUGGUGCGUACAAUCAUUUCAUAGCUCCAGUACCGAUGGUGCGUCUGGUCUUAUAGUUAAAAAUUACUGGGCGUUUUUAUGUAUUAAUUCCGGGUCAAUAUUGGCCGCUUAGUAUUCCGGGUCAAAAUUGUCCGUUUGAUAUUCUCGGUCGAAAUUGGCCGUUUAGUGUCCUUGAUAAAAAAUUGCCUGAUUAGUAUUCCGGGUCAAAAAUGACCAUUUAGCAUUCCGAGUCAAAAUUGGGCGCUGGUCGCUAUUGGACGUUAAAAACAUAUUUUCAUGACAAUUAUUUGGACAAUUGCUUAUUAAUUUGUCAAUUUUUUUUAUAAAUUCUAACGUAAAUUAUAAUACGGUUAUCCGAUUUGACGUUCAUUUUUUAAUUUGACUUUAACAAUAAUGAUCUCAUUCAGAUAGUAUAAUUCGAAUAGUGGUGCUUUUACAUACAAACUGAAGCGAAUAUUUUUAUUUUAAUAUCUAUUCUCUUAUAAAGGACUAAUGUUUCUCAUUAAAUUGUGAAAUGAGACGAUUGCCCACUCUUUCAAAAUUAACUCUUGUUGGCAAAGACGAAUUUUUAAAACAGCACGGAAAAUAAAUAAAAUAUAAAUUGUCUACGCCAAGAGAAGCUAAUAAAAAAAAAACGUUUGAUAUUGUAAUCAAUUAUUCGACUUAUUAAACAUGUUUAUAAAAAUAUUGGAUAAAUUGAUAUGUUAAAAUAUUUUUAAAAAACAUACCAAAUAAAGAAGAAAAACAAUUGAAAAAAUAAUUAUUGAUAGUAUUAUAAUUGUGCCAAUGACGUAAAUGUUACAUACGUUAUCGAUUUCUACUGUAAGAUAGUUUAUUGGACGAAAUGUAUCUGCUGUGUAUUUAGUGUAGAUUAAGGAACUUAUAUUUGUUAUUUAUCAGAACUUAUUUCCAUUAGAGUGAUUAAAAUAUUCAAAAAUCUAUAUUUCUAUAACGCCCGCGCGUUUUUACCAUACUUUCGUAACUGGAAUCACGUGACAGCUGUCAAACUGACAGCUCGAAAGCGUAAAGGAUGUACGAGUUACUUUUUAUAAUUUUUCGGCUCCUGAUACUGGUUCCUUCAGUCGGGUAAAAAGAAGAACUUGUACGUUCGUGAAAUGACUUAAUUCUAUCUUCUCUAGUCUCUCUUACUAUUUCUUAGAAUUCACUUAAUUUUUCUUUGUCUUACUUACCUGAGAUUUUAAAGAUUUGUAAAUAAGUCAUAGCAGUUUUUUGUUAAAUUAUUCACUAUUAAAUGGCAAUAAGUUUUGAUAAUAACAUAAUCUUGUGAAGACAUACAUAGCUACUGUUUUAGACUUGUAAAGAAUGUCCAUUCGAUUUAAAUUAUUUUUGGAUUCAUAAUCUACACUCCCUAAUAGUAAACGAAAAGAUAAUUGUGAAAAAAACAUUAAAGAAUUUCAUACUUGUCACAGAAAUGACAAAUUUAUUUAUUAUUAAAAAGAAAACAUUUAUUGGGGCUCCUUUUUUAAAUAUGUAAUAAAAAAAAUAAUAGUAAUGUUUUUGAUAAUAAACUCAUUAUAAACAGGGUUAUAAGAACAGUUUUAAAAAAGGCCCUGUUUAGUUUUCCUUGAUAUAUCCAUGAGUGCAAGUAUUUUCACGAAAUUAACAGAUUUUACUGACAUGAAUAUAAAAAUAAUUUAAUAACCACGACUAUAUUAAAUGUUUUGUUUUGACAUUUUGCUGAAUUCGUAGCUUUAAAUAUGUAUUAAUAUUAGUAUAAUUAGUGAACACGAUAUUUUUAAUGUUGAAUCGUUGUACAGUACAAUAUUUUUUGUAGCUUUCCAUUAUUGUGUAAAGUUUAGUGUUUCGCAAGCGUUGGACGCUCGAAACCCUUCUACAGUCUUCAUUAGCUUCUUCCAAAUACUAGAACUUGUAUACUUAGAGUAGUUUUUCUAGCGCUUAAAUCGAUCAAAGCGCUUAUUCGCGAGCAUUUGGCGUGUUUAAUGUUAAAAGUGCUAAAUAAUCGACAUGUAAACCAAAGUUGUAGUAGGUUUUUGACUUAAAUACCUAUUGUUUUGCUAAUGUUAUGGUACAUAUACCUCUAUUAUACGACUAAAUUUAAUAUUCAUUAUUAUAGUUAUAAAUGCCCGUUCACAUUGACACUCGGAAAACAGGAAACUUAGCCUGUGUCUUGAGCUAUGUGGUUCAUCGUUACAUAUUAUAAAACAAAGACCCUCGCCGCGUCUGUCUGAAUUUGAUAACCUCAAAAACUCCCGAACGGAUUUUGAUUUAGUAUGGAGACAAUUUGAGACCCUGGGAAGGAGAUAGGCUAUUUUAUUAUUCAAGAAAAACUCAUUUUCGUAUGUAAAGCUGCAAGUAUAAGCUAGUAAAAAUUGCACAUAAAAAAGUAAAUUCGAAAUUGUGUAACGUAUUUUUUCUAUGUUUACAUCAAUUGCAUAUAUAGGCGUAGUUAUAGUUAGGUGGGCACCACAAAAUCAAGACAUUUUUUACUUCUAUGACAUAUGCCUUCCCCGAAAAACUAUACGUCAAUGUGCAAAUAUCGUCAUAAAAAAAAUAUUAAAAUCGGUUCAUUCGUUUAUAAAAUAUAAUGCCACACACACUCAAAUGCGCAUACACAGAUACUCAUGACAUAUGUCAUAUCUACACAGAUACACGGAUACACCGAUAGACACGUAAAACUUAUAAUACCUCUUUCUGUGCAAGGGGUUAAACACUAGUCGAAUGUGAACGGGCGCGAGGUGAUGCUAGUACUUUAUACAGGGUGCGUGAAUAUGUUGUAAAGGUCAAUUGUGACUACACCAGUUGAAACGUGAACACAAUUAGUAUUUAUAUUGUAUAUUGUUCACAUUGUAGAUUAUCGUCGACUGUUAUUGAUGCUAUAUCUUAUUAAUGGGUAGUUAGGGUUUAAAUUGCCACCACAGUGGUAUAUAGUAUGAAAUGAUAUUUUAAAUAUAAAAAAAUAAUUACAAUCACGAUAUUUCUUCUAAUCAUAAUAUCUACAAUUUUUUUUUUGUAAUCAAUAAUUAUGUGAUUGUAUUAGCAUUUUGUAUGGUAAUCACAAGCCAUGCGCCUAUGCACUAAAUUUAAAUUUUGUACGCCUAAAAAGCAAAACAUGUAGAUACUUUUUAAAACUUAAGAUCUUGUACAAAUUUAUUGUCACUCAUGUUUUACAAAAUAAAUAUCUAUAUCUUCAUGAUGUGUGGCUGUUUCGACUCUUAACCGAUCGGUUAUGUUGCCAUACGGCAGUUUUUAACUGAUCCUAACCGCUACGACGGAACUAUAGCGAAAAUGGACCAAUCAGAAUUGAGGUUAUUUGACGUGCGUAUAAGUGACAUAUUUUGAUUGGUUUAUUGUAGUUAUUGAUCUGCAGUUAGGGAUCGGGGCGUGUAUUGAAGUCUGCUGGAGUGGUUGCAUUAAAAUACGUAAUUCGAUUUUAUAAUUUUUUAACUUCACAAAUAUAUUAUUGCAAUUUUUUUUUACUUUUUGGCAAUUGUAAAUAUUUACCGUCCAACACAGGUAGACUGUACUUUUUUUUAUAAAAUUACUAUAUUUUUGUCGGUUACUAAUUUUAUAUUUUGUCUAAAAACAUUUGAGUAGUAGAAGAAAAUAAAAAAAUAAAAAUUAACAUUUAAAAAUAAGAUAUAGCUUCAGCAACACGUCAACUCAUUCCCUUCGUAUAUUUAGUGUUAGAAAAUAUAACUUGUAUAUGUAGCGAAAUAAUUUUAUUGUUACUCGUUAUUUUAUAAUCGUUAGAAUUAAGCAGUUACAUUAAUUUAUUCAUCGCGCACUUUAAAUUAUUUACCACUUUGUUGAUUUUGUUUUUAUUUUUAGAUUUCAUGACGUUUCCUUGUAUUUUUUCUAGGUAUUGUAAAAACGGCAAUGUACUUAAAUUAAUUAAUUUAUACAGAUCCAACGAAGCUUUAUUGGUGUUAGUGUAUCUUGUUUCUCUAUAAGGGCGCCAGUCAAUAAGUAGAACGGGGAAUAAAAAACAGGAAUUGUAUUUGCAGUUGUUCUUAGUUGCGUAAAUCGAAGUACUGUUCACAAAAAAUAAUCUUUAAAACCUUAUGAAUGAACAAGAAUUGCUAAAUUAAUCAUCGGAAUAUAUAUUUCGAGUUUAGACACUUCCCCUCGCUCCCCUACAGGCGCUCAUUAUCUACAUUUCAUAAGAAAAUACUACACCAAUUUCAAUAUCAAAGAUUUUUAUUUGCUCAACUAGGAAAUUAUUGAAUGCGUUCUAACUUGUUUCUUUUUCGAUACGUAAUUUGUCUUGUUUUAAAGUUUAAUUAUAAUUAGGGCAUUUUUUUAAAUAUAAAAGUAAUAUUACGAAAAAAAUUACAGUUUUUUUUUUUUAAUUAGUUAAAUUGUUUCACAUUAAUUAUAAUUUAUUCGAUGGUAAAUUUUUAUUUAUUGAAAAAUGGCCCUAAUAAGAGGUAAUUUGACGGCCCCCAAGAACAAAAUCUUAUCUGCAAAAUAUCAACUCAGUAUUAAGGUUUUAAUUUCAGUGACAAUAUAAAUAUCAAUUACUUAUUUCAAAACUAUUGAUUGUUAUCAAAAAAUAAUUUAUUUCAUAUUUUGAGGUGACUAAUUGAUUUUUAUAUUUUCACUUAACCUAAAACCGUCAUACUGCAACUAGACAUUUUGCAAAUGAGAUUUUGUUCUUGAGACUGUUGCGUUGUUUGUCAAAGGUGCUAUCGCGUCUUGUCAUCAAUUUUGACCAUUAUUGGACCAUUCUGGAUUGUAACUAGAUGGGUUUUAGUUUAGUUUUAAGUGAGACUGUUUAUAAUCUGUAGUCGGCAUUAUGUUAAAAGACUUUUGCACACGCUGUAAGAGCGAAAUUUAUUUAGAAUAUUUUUUGGAAAAAAAGAUUUUUUUGAAGUUCAUACAUUAACGUUGGGGUUAAAUUAGAGCCGUGGUUUUAGAAAGUAUGUAAUAAUUUAAACUGAAUUUAAAGACACUUUCUAAAAGCAAAGGGUCAAAUUUGACCAUCGGUUCAAUAAAUAAUUAAGUCAAGGCGCAAUGUAUGAAAAAACUUAGCAAUUACUAGGGUCGUAGCUAUGACACCUUCCUACAAUCGUUAACGCUAACAGAAACAGAAAGAUGUAUGGGAGUGACAUCCUAACGAUAAGAUUAUCGCUACGAUAUGUCAUUCUCAUCCACAUCGUUAGCGUUUACGAUUGUAGAAUGAGAUUUUGGAAACAGUCCCAGAUCUUUUAAUAUUUCAAAUAGAAUUCGCUCUUACUGCUAUAUCGUUUUUUUGUUGUAGAAAAUAGCGUUAUAGAAUAGCAGUUUACACCAUAUUGUCUUAGCUCAAUUUAAUCCAUAUACAUAAGUUAUAAUGUAGAUUGUACGGAAAA